GAGAGGCGGGCUUUGGGAACGGUCUCAUGGUUGGGGGGCGGGAAGGAAAGAUGGCGGAACUGAUGCUUCUCAGCGAGAUUGCGGACCCAACACGUUUUUUCACGGACAACUUGCUGAGCCCGGAGGACUGGGGUCUGCGGAACAGCACUUUGUACACCGGCCUGGAUGAUGUGGCGGAGGAGCAGACGCAGCUCUUCCGCUGCCCAGAGCAGGAUGUCCCGUUUGGCAGCAGCUCCCUGGACGUGGGGAUGGAUGUCAGCCCCCCUGAACCACCUUGGGACCCCCUGCCUAUCUUCCCAGCCUCCUGA